UUAAAAAAAGAAAAAGACAAGCAAAAGUCGCCGUUGAGAAACCUUAUUAAAUCCUCAAAACCCUCUCUGUAUAUAUCUCUCGUUCUCAUUCGUCGAGUCAGACGAUUCCUGACUCAGUAAAGAAAGGGAGAGGAAAUGAGUCAGGAAUCGUUCAUAUACAGCUUCGUGGCUAGAGGGACUAUGGUGCUGGUGGAGUACACAGAAUUCACAGGGAAUUUCCCAGCCAUCGCUUCUCAAUGCCUUCAGAAACUCCCUUCCUCCAACAACAAAUUCACAUACACCUGCGACCACCAUACCUUCAAUUUCCUCGUCGAGGACGGAUACGCUUAUUGCGUGGUUGCAAAAGAAUCUGUUGGAAAACAGGUGUCUAUAGCCUUUCUAGAACGACUCAAAGCAGACUUCAAAAAGAGAUAUGGGGGUGGGAAAGCUGAUACUGCCAUGGCAAAAAGUCUCAACAAAGAAUUUGGCCCGCUUAUAAAAGAGCACAUGCAGUAUAUCAUUGACCAUGCAGAAGAGAUUGGAAAGCUUUCAAAAGUGAAGGAUCAAGUUUCAGAAGUUAAAAACAUUAUGAUGGAAAAUAUAGACAAGGCCCUUGACAGAGGGGAAAGGCUAGACGUUCUUCAAGAUAAAACGGAGGAGCUGCGUGAUCACGCCCAAUCAUUUAAGAAGCAUGGGACACAGAUCCGGCGGAAAAUGUGGUUUCAGAACAUGAAAAUAAAGUUAGUUGUUCUUGCCAUUCUUUUGGUUCUCGUACUGAUAAUCUGGGUUUCUGUUUGUCAUGGAUUUGACUGCACCAAGUAAAAUUAAAAGGCGAGCAUUCAGUGUAAUGAUUCACACGGCAAGCUUCACUUGGGAAGUUCAAUUCAACAUGUGAGAGAAAUCUGGUUUCUAUCAGAGGGGCUUGGGAAAUCAGUUAAACCUAUAGAAUUGAGAGACAUGGGAAUUGAGAAUGCAGACCUAUUAGCAGUGAGAUUGGAAAGCUUGCAUCACGGCCGUGAGAUCAAACGGGUCUUGUCAAUAACAGUGUAAUCUCACGUGGGAUUUUUUUUUUCUUUUUUUUUAAACCUGUGUUUACAAGAUGUUACAGCAGUUGCAAUAAAACAAGAAGUGGCAUUAAAGGCACUGGUAUAGGCAUUACAAAGUAA